CACGAGUCGCUAGGGGAACAACGGCCAACUGUGUCAGUGCCCCGCCGUAACAAAGUUAGGGCAGCAUUACCGUGGGGAUGUCCUGGUACCCCACCGGUAUUGUUCACGAGUUCGCCAUUGUAUCGCCCCCUCCGCCAUCCAUCGCUUGGCACGGUUAGUGCACAUCGUGGAUUAGGAGCUCGGAUAGUCCAUUAGCGUUACCCAGGCUGCAUUGCGAGGAAGUGAACUACGCUACAGCCCGUCUGGAGUGGUAAAGCUUGUAAACUGCGCUUUUGACAGGAUGUCGAUAACAGUGGUGCCAAUGAUAGCAAUUCUUUUAAUAGUAUAACAUAUUGAAAUUAUGAACAGUAUUAUAAAUAGUUGCGUUUAUCGACCACAGAUCGAAUUGUGGUCCAUACUUAUAUUAAUAAAAAUAAUAAAAUUGAAUUCGUGCACUAACUAUUUUCAAGGGUAAAUCAUGCCUCAUAUAUGUAUGUAAAUAUACAAAAACAUGAGUCAACGUUUCGAUCAGAAUUAUUGCGCUUCAUCAACAUCUACAGUCAUCUGUUUAUCUGUGAAACAUUUCGGGAAAUCCGACGCGAAUCGUAUAAUUACCUCCACGGUGAAUAUAACUCUGUCCCUUCAUACUUCAUCUCCCCUCAAAUUAAUCACCGACUCGCAGCGCUCCAACCGGUGGCUCAGCUAGUGCAGCACUAAGUGAAGAAACUCGAACAGACCGCUCUUUUAUUUGCCUGUCCCAACAACUGUGUUUACAACUUUGUGGUUUUUAUCAACGGUUCGGUGCGUGUUAUCAGUGCUCUCGGGAGGACGAAUGACCGUAGACCGGUGGAAACAAACGGUUGACAGCCAGAUUUUAUUGCUAGAACCGGUCUAUCACAAUCCCUGGAUCCGGUGGUAGUGUGCAAACGUGUCAAGCGAAAUCGAUCUCACUCUGUUGAUGAUGUGUGAUUUGGCUUCGUCUUAAUCAAUCGAACACAUAGUGUGACAAAGUGAAAAAAGUCAUUGCAUCGCCGGUAAAUGGAAGUAUUGUCCUAACAUAACAUCACACGCCUUAGGGACCUCGCCUACCUGAAUCAAUCCCGCUAAUCUUGAUAGAAGGAGAAAAAAAACUUGGGCGCGUUGCAUCAUAUUUUCGUACGCAGAAAUUUGCUCAGUGUGGGCAAAUGCGAUGAUAAGCGCGCGACCCAGUCGGUGUGUUUUGUUUGGUGCAUCAACCUAGUCAAAUAAAGAUUUUGACUGCAAAAUGCACGGAAUGCACGACAAAGUUCCGGCAUCCGAUGAGGCGAAGUUUAAUACACGAACGCAUCAGUAUGAGUUGAACAGGUCCAAACUGGAAGCUGAUGAGGAGGAAAUUAUAGAUGUGUGCGGAUGGACGGAGCCGAACAGGGUCGAUCAGCUCCUACACCAGGUACCGUCGGAGAUACAUCAUGACAUCAGAAGGAAUAAAAGGAAAGAUGAAGACGAACGGAAUAAUUAUCAUUGGAAGCUGCCCAACUAUAGUGAGUAUGAGAAAGAACAAUAUAUAUGCCGACAACCAAUAGCGAAGAUAUACUACGAUAAUAUCGAUAAAGUGUCUAUGAAUAGCAGUUACAAUGACGACGAUGAAACCAGAUUGAUUGUUGAUUGGAAAGCGCCCAACAACAGCGGUAUGAGGGGCCUCCAUAACACUGGCGUCAGUGAGAACGAUGGAAACGAACAUAUCUCGCGAGGACCUCUGACGAUGAGUCGAGACAAGCAAACGCUAACUGACCAGUUGACAGAAUUGAAAGACAAGCUUUCAUCGAGCCCAACUACGCCGAACGAGAAGCACUAUCAACAGUAUUCUAAAAUGGAAGGAGUAAGGCCAAAGUAUAGUGAAUACCAUCGGUUUCGUGAAAGGAGUAACCCAACUACGGCACGGCAGAUCGGCUGCAAUGGAGUUUCAGAUGCUGUCACGAUGCUACCAUCAACUGGAAGUAGAACAAGAUCGUCUGCUUUUACACCGUAUAUGAGAGAUCCAUCGUUAUACCAGCAGCCAUCCAACAGCAGUGCAACAGCAUUUCCUACCACCUGGGAUAUGCAGGACACCCCACUACAAUUCGGAUUUGGUACGCCGCUGAAAGGUGCCAACAGUCCGCGUCAGCAACCGAUAGAUCUCUCGAGGACCUCAACGCUGAAUAAUUACCCCACAACGAAAUACUCACCGCAGAAAUGCCAUCGCGCACAAGUACCAUAUUCGAUAAAGGUUCCCCAACCACCAAAGCCACCCGCAGCGGCAAUCCGUCCGACACCCGUACCGGUGGUAUACCAUCCGUCCAUUUCUCAGGUUUUCAGGGUGACCAACCUCGGCGCGAAACUUCGAAUGACAACUAGUGCCGCUGCUGAGAAGCGCUACACCCAGUACUUGCCGAGGUUGUUCAACCAACCUGACUCACCAACGAAAAAACGCCGUUCCGAAAGAACGUCUGAGAAGUUAACGGCCCCGGAAACCGGAAGCGGACAACUACCGGUCAAGAAACUGAGGUUCAUCGGAGCUCCGCUCAUUGCGCACCAUGCAUGGUCACAUCGAAUGGAAAAGCAACCGACUGCCAUACGAAUUCCACCGAACAUAUCUCAAACCUCAGAUGGGACUACACGAAUUGAGGAACAACUGGGAGCUUACGAGACAAUCGAUGGGCGUGAGACGCGACUGAAUGAAGCAAACGUGGAAGUCUCAGUGACCAGCGGAAAUAUUGAAACGCGUCGAACAAACUCACAAAUACAAGUAAUUUCACACCUAGACGAACUGACCAUUUCGGUUGGAGAACACAGCGAAACAAGUGGCAAUACUGGGGAUCAGUUAACGAUUCCUCAGCCUCAAAAAGUGAAUGAAGAGGCGUUCCCAAAGCAAAACAGCGGUACUCACAAUAAAAAUCCAUCCGCCGAAGCAUCAUUCACAGAUCCUAGCAAACAGUUUACGACCAUGACUAAAACACCUCAAGGUCCAAAGAUGCAAGAAUCCAUUGAACAAAAUCGAGAAACAUCAGCACCUGUAGUAUCCAAUAGUAAUUUAUUGCCUCAAAUACAACGGUUCGAUAGUUAUACCAGAGAACAUCUGGCAACACAGCAGCGUGCGAAUAGAGAUCCAGUGAAGUCACUAAAUCACCAGUUACGGGGUCCCAAAAUUGUCAGAUAUAUCAAACUGAAAUCAUCACAGAAUGCUCCGGAAGAAUUCGAAGACCAUCGGAGAGCACAGAAGGGCCUAAAUGAGGGGUCGGCCAGUUCCACGGGUCAGAAAUUGCACGAAAAUAGUCGACCCAGAAUAAUACAAACAGAAGAAGUAGCACAGUUUUUCCGGUUUAUCCAAAACACUCUACGAGAAGCGAAGAAUAACAAUGCACCCGAUUCAACGCGUGAACUGAUAUCAGAACUACAACAAUUCCAUUGUUAUGCACAAGGAAAGCAGCGAAAAGACCCUAGUAAUAGUGAGAUCACUUCAACGAAUCAUCCGAUGCAAGGCAUCACGACUCAGCACUCUGCCAUGAAUAGAAUAUUUAAGCCGAAGCAGCAAACCCUUUGGAAAUAUUUAAAAACAGCAGCAGCUGAGGGGUCUCAAUAUAAUAAUCCGAUGGUAGUGAGUUCAGUCAUACCGAAGCAACACAGAUUCGGUAGUAGUCCCACCAAGCCUCUCUCAAAAGAAAUUUCAAAUAAAACAAUAGACGAACUAGAAGUGUUCUUGAACUUGGUACAAAAUAAACUGGAAGUGAGAGCCCUGACUAAAAAUCAAGCUACCUCAGUGAACCAUCAAUUGCACGAAUUACCGCAUAUAUCAAUAUCUGAUAUAUACGGAUUCUUUUGGCAUCUUCGACAAAAGGUUUAUCCAAACACGCAUAGAGAACCGAAUGAACUUCAACCGGAUCGGACAAACCCUACAAAUCGCUCGGUACGAAAUCCAGUCGACUCAACGAGCCAACAGUUGCAGAACAUACCUUCAAGACAGGCCACAGCUAUUAACAAUCGAUUAAUGGACCCACCUGAGAACACUAAAGCAAAAAAGGCGAUAUCGAUGCCUACAAUCGAAUAUGUGACAUCUGCCAUCUCGGAUGAUUGCGGAGAUCGGAGUCCAGUGAACGAAGAAGAGAAGCAGUUGGCUGCAGCAGUUCUACAGGAAUUACCUGAAAUUAAUGAUAAGUUCCGUCAUCCGUCGACUUCUCACGAAGUACCGAUCAUCGCACAGGUACAUAAUGGAACUCUGAAAAUACCAGUAGCCAAAGAUAUCUCAUCAUUAGAAACACAAGACGUGGUUUCCGUGGCCCAGAGGCAUUCCCCGUCGCGUGAGCGUAUACUCCGGAGACUUUCCGCAUCCGAGAAACUGCAUGUUGCUUCGGUACUGAUUCGGAUGAUGCCCGACCGUAUGAUCAGCAGCAUGUCCGAUGAGCAAAUGCAGCGACUGUACAAAAUCGCUCAAAUAACGCUGGACGAUCCCAGCAUAAAUCGCCGGAACAAACGAUUCACCGGUCCUCCUCCUACCGGUCUCCUUCCGAGUGGACCAAUGCACCGGGAGCGCGACAAACUAUUCCCGUUAGGAGAAAUCCCGUCGCCCACCUUUCCGAAUGGAGAGCAUUUCAAGUAUGAGAUCGAUUCAUUUUUCCUACUCCGGAAGACCCAGAUUUUUUCCGUUCUGGAACAUUUCAAUCACAAACUGAUCAACAAACUCGAGUUGAUCGAUCAAAUGGAGCAACUUCAAAUCAACCCCAAACGCGACUACAAGGCGAUAGCGCGAAGCAUGAUGCAGCGUUACAAUUACGUACCGUCAAACCAUAAGGGCGCACCAAACUACCGGUUUGUGGUGCCACCGCAAGGAAUCGCCGAUUACUUCAAGAUGCUCCGAGGACUCAAGCCAAACAUUUCCGACGAAGUCUACAGAAUCUAUCAGAUGGCGAUCGAUGGACUGUUGGAACAGUACCGUGGCUCGAUAACGAACUUUCUCGCUUGGAAUUUGAAGCGAAGAAAUGAGCCCGAGAGGCUCGAACCUAGGAGAACGGAAGUCCCGAUUGAACAACUUUGAUUGGUGAUAGAAAUCAGAAUUGACAUUUGCAGGUCAUCUUGCUAGUGAUUGGUACCCGAGAGAAUCCUAUUAAAUAGCUUUUUCAGUAGUGAAACAUUGCAUGUGAUAUGACGCUUAGUGAUGAUAAUUAGCUUAAUGAUUAAGAUGUGUAAAGACAAGCAAUCAGGUAUUUUAAUUGUCUUAGACUAUAAUUCAAAUACCAUUUAGACUAAAUGUGUCUAUUAUACAUUGAA